AUGCAAGGAGUAAUUACAUAAAAUGGAUCAGAUGAAGAGACAGAAUUUAUAUUUGACUCAAACACAAUCUAACUAAAGGAAACAAGGAGUAAAAUUUCUAAAGCAAAUGUAAGACUUUGAUUAUUAAUAAUUCUAUAGGAAGAGAUUAAAUAAUUAAAUGAGUAGAAUAAAGAAUUGAUCAUCUAAUUAAAUCGCUAAAAUGAACUCCUUGAAUUGAAACACAAAUAAAAUUAAUAGUUGUAAAAUGAAGGUAAGUAUGAUUGUUUAAAUGUUUAGCAAAUAAAUUUAAAGAAUAAAUGGAUGAUAGAGAACAAAAAUUAUUAUAAUCAAUGAAAGAAAAACAACAAUUAUAAAACGAAUUAAUUGCUAUGCAUGAAAUUUUGGAUUAAACAACCAAAAGAAAUGAUUUAAUAAAUUCUGAAGUAUUUGUAUUAAAAUUAACUUUGGAGUAAUUUCAAUGUAAAUUACCUAGAAACUGUAACAAUGUGUAAAGAAGAAACAACUUAAGCAUUAUAAAGGGAAUUAAAAUUAAAAGGAACUAUUGAUUAACAAAAUAAAAAUUUAAAGUUGUAAGAAGAAUAGAUCAGAAAAUUUACAAAUGAUUCUAAUAAGAAAGACAUUUAAUUUAAAUUUGAAAUGCAAAAUAAAGAAACUAUUAUUUAAGAAUUGAGAAAUCAAUUACAACAACAAUAAUAAUAAAAUAAUGAGAUAAUUAAUGAAUUAAUAGAAUAAAAAAAUUAAAAUAUUUAAAAUUCAGUUUAUGGUAAAGAUUAUAAACCUGAAUUGACUAAAAUUACGAAAGAAAAUGAAGAAUUAAAAAAUAAAUUUAAAGGUGUGACUUAUUAAUUGAAUAUCUAUAAAGAAAAAGAAUAAUCAUAAAUAAAAGAAAUAACUACUUUGAGAUAAAUGUAAUCAAAUUUAUCAACUGAAAUAGAGAGAUUAUUAAAUAAAAUAAAUGAAUAAAAAUUAGAAUUAUUGAAUUAAUAACAAGAGAGUCAAAAUGUUUUAUAAGAAAAGGAUAAGAAUAUUAAUUAGUUGAUGAAUUAAUUGUCUCUUUUAAAAAAUUAAGAUUAGAAAUUAAAUUUACAUAAGAGUAUAUCACAAAAUGCAGAUGAAAAAUUGCUUAAAGAUAUACAACUUAAAAAUGAUUAGAUUGCUAUGUUGUAAAAUGAGAACAAUUUAUUAGUCAAAUUAAUAGAAUCUUUAAAGAAUUAAUAAAGUAGUUUUAUUUAUUCUAUUUUAGUUGACUAUCAAGGAACUGAAAAAAUUAAGAUUAAACAAUUAGAAUCAGAACUAAAGAAUUUCCAAUCAUUUAUAUAUGAUAGUCCUCUUGUAGUGCUGUUUAAUUUAUUAGAGGAUAGAUUAUCAAAAUAAUAACAAAAAAGUUUUGAAAAUAAGAAUAAGAUAAAGGAGUUUUGGGCAGCUUAAUUAAAAUAGUGGACAGAAAGAUUUGAAGAAUUAAAAUAAGCAUUUUCUGGUUUAAAGAUUGUUUUCAAGUAUGAUUUAAAAUAUGCUAAUCAAACAUUGCAAUAAUGA